GCAGUGCAAAUAUCCCGCUUUAAAGAUGCCAUCGAUACAAUGGCUCCAGUUGCCUCAAGAAGUCCUCUUGCACAUAUUUGCAUACCUUUCCCCGGCAGAAAAGGCGAACGUCCGGGCCACAUGCCCAUAUUUCCGGACACUGGUUGACCACCCCUCCCUAUGGAAAAAGAGCACCAUUGUCUUCCAGAGCAUAGGGACUUUUAAUGCUCGUUUCUGGGACACUCUGCAGAGCCGGAAGAUCACCUCUGUGGAGGUGACCCGUGUGACAUUGAAACAGUUCAAGAAAAUGACCAGUUCCUUGCCGGACUUGACCAGCGUCACGAUGGACUCUUGCUUGAAAGGGGAGGUCCUCCAAGGACUAAGGCCGCUGGUGAACCUUCAGAAGUUGCAUUUGACAGAUUGUUCCAACUUGAUGGAUCAAGACAUUUUUUCAGAGAUUGCACUUUUCCAACAACUGACCCAUUUGUCUCUAUGCCGAGUGUCGUUCUCAGGUGUCCUGCCGUUAACCAGCAUAGUCCUGCUGCAGAACUUGUACUCUCUUUCACUUCAUUCUAAUGAAGGCACUGUCCCUGAAAGGGCUCUCCAGUACAUUCUGUUUAGACUACCAAAGCUUCGCGAGCUCUCUCUUGCUAUUGGGAACAUGAAUAAAUGGAAGCUAUCCCUGUGCUUUAAUGUUCCGGAUAACUUUGUAUCUACAGCAGAAGAGCAACCCUGCAUCUCACGGCUACAGCUGCACACGUUGGAACUGAUUAACUCUAGCUGUGCCAGCCUCUCCACCAACGCUUUCCAUCAGCUGUCCACUUUGAGGAGCGUAUGCUUGCGGCACUAUAAAUAUCUGCAACACGAAGAUUUCAUUGAAACCCUUCUCCUAAAGCUCCCCCAACUGACUGAGUUGCGCAUCGAAUGGGCUGCACCAUUUGUGCCACUUAUUGGUCCAAUAUGUUCUAAAUUAGAAAAGUUGAGCGUGAUAGGGACUAAAAUUUCCAACGCGACUCUCACCUGGAUCUCCCGCAGCGCCAGCCAGGCGAAGUGCCUGAACCUGAGCUUCUCCCAUGGCUACGACCAAGAAAUGGUGAAAAGUUUCCCACGGCUUUUUCCGCACCUGCAAAAUCUCUACCUCAGUAGCACUAGGUUGACAGAAGACGCUCUGGUUGUUCUAGCCAACUUGUACUCUUUGCGUGUUCUGGAUAUUUCAAAUAACCUGCAUCUGACCCCCGAAGCCAUCCUGGCAUUUCGAAAAAUGACCUCGAACAGAAUUGGUUUAAUCCUCGAGAGACCCAUCGAAAGCGUCAAGUACUGCUGCUGGUGAACAGGAUCUCUGAAGGUUUCGGAUGCUUCUUUCCAUCACACUCUGCACCAUUUGACACUGCUGCCAGAAGCACAGGACCUGUCUGGGAAAUAUUUAUUUAUAAAGAUGCUGAACUCAGAUUUCUUAUUUAUUUCACACGCUUGUUGUUUGGUAGG